CAUCUCUCCUUACUCUGCCUGCAAAAUGCUCCCCCACGCCAAGAAAAGAUAGAAAGCAAAGAAGGAGAACAAUGAAGCUGAUGGUUAUGGCGGGAGCAGUAGUCGUCAUAUUGAUCAUCAUGGCCGGAAGCGGUGAGAGCUCAGUCCUUGAGAAGGUCGGAAGCAGAAAAGGAUGGAUCCCAAACUUCAACUACACUCAAUGGUCUAGUACUCAACACCAUCUCUACGUCGGCGACUGGCUUUUGUUCGUGUUCGAUAAGCGGUACUACAAUGUGCUGGAGGUGAACAAGACGAGCUACGACGGGUGCGAGGAGAAAGGGUUCGCGAGGAACAUAACGAAGGGAGGGAGGGACGUGGUGGAGCUCACCGAGGCGAGGCCCUAUUACUUCAUCAGCGGCGGCGGUUACUGUUGGGGCGGCAUGAAAGUUGCUGUCAACGUCGAAGCACGGCCAGUUUCACUGGCGCCAGCGCCGGCUCCUAGCUCUCACGCUAACGAUGCAGUUGCCUUACCAGCUAAUUAUUACCAUGUUGCAUGCGCUUCAAUAUGCUUCAUGAUCAUUAUCCUAUAUAUUAUUGUUGUGUAGCUCUCCCCCUUCUCUAACUUUUCUUUCGAGUCGUCAGAUGGAUUGUUGAAGUUGCGAGAAAUUGAGAGUUAUGGUUGAUCCAACUAUGUUAUAGACUUAAUAGUAUAAGUAGAGAAGCAUGUAUUCGUCAACAUAAUAGUGUAAUGGCUUUCUUUAAUGUGUAUUAUUAUUUUUCUGUG